AUGGCUUCCUCACAACUCCAAAACGACAAAGGCAAUGGCAUGAGAAGAUUCCAACGCAAACGGAACUUUGAAAACAUCUUCAAUUUCUUCAAACUCUGCAGUGUUGUUCUCUUCAUUUUCUCCAACCCCAGUUGCUUCCCCUUGACCUCCCAAUCACUCUCCCACCUCCACGCUCUCUUUGCACCACUCUUUCACAACUCUCUCUACGCCUUUCUCCUCCUCAACACCAUCAUCCUCUUUCUCUACGCUUUCUCCAACAAAACCAACAACGUUGCCGACUCCACCAAUGUCUAUCGCCAAUUCAUCAACCACGCCCACUCUCGCCCCAGCAUAACUGCAUCGCAGGAACAACCUCGUAUUCUAGAACCUUCCCAUGUUGGAGACUCAUCAUCAUCAUCAUCAUCAUCAUCCCCGGUUUACGACGAAACUGUCGCGGCGGUUACUGAGACAACUACGUGUUGCACGACCGUCUCGACGGUUUCGGACAAGAAGCGUUACCCGAGGGCUCGGUCGGAGAAUUUUGAGCGGCGAAUGGUGGUGGCUACGCAGCCGGAGUUGAAGAGAUUUAACACUGGUUUGAAAGGGAAAUUGAAGAGCAAAUUGCGCGACGUGGAACAGUUGAGUAAAGAGGAAUUCAAUCGCGCCGUUGAGGAUUUCAUCGCCAAGCAUAAGAGAAUGCAAUUGGAGGAGCACAUAGGGUCCCAGAAAACAGAGUACUUGACAAUCAUGACUCAGUAA